AUGCUAUGCACAGAUGCUGCCAAGCCAGUGCUGCACCCAGCGUACAGUGUACCAUAUAAAGUACUAAGAUGGGGACUCAAUACAUUCGAAAUCAUGCUAGCCAGCAAACCCACUACUGUGUUCGUCAAUAGACUGAAGCCAGCAUGGACUUCAGUGGAGAUACCGCAGAACAAUACCGACAUUUUGACCUCACGCCACGACACAAUCCCAUUUUCCGCCACAGUCGAUGUCAAGCACUUCCUUCCAGAAGAUGUCACGAUGAUCAUGGUAUCUGCCACGUACGAAAAUCGACAGGUCGACAAGAGAACGAUGUUGCGAUCUUUGUACCAUUCCACACUGAUACCACAGUCAGUCGACACAGUUGAACUGUUACCUACGCUAUCCAGGGAUGGCAUCCUACAUGUGCCAGCCCCAGACUACAACAUGGAAAACCGGACCAGAAUCAACCUACAGCCACACCACAGGAUCACAUAG